GUUGUAGAAGCAAAACGCACUUUGAAGCAGGAUGUGGUGAAGGGAUUAUUGUGCUACGUUGGAAACUAAAAUAGUCGAAGGAACCCAUGCAGUGUACGGGACUGGUACACUGAAUUCAAAGGAUUACGGAUGUCGAAUACGGAAACGGAGUGGAAAUGAGAAGAGCGGCGGCGACAAGCAGUGGAGCUCAAGGAGCGGAUUCUGGAAAGACAACUUCCACAGGACCAACAAUAGCCAAGGAAAAUGGACCGACAACGCCGAGCCCUCCAGUCAGCCCUACGACCCCAAUCGCCCCGGUGGAUCUGGAAGAUGAGCCACAGUCCUCCGUCACAGACGCCACUCAGAUGUGGAUGAAAUUUGCCAAGACCUUCAUUGUAAUUUUUCCCAUUUAUGUGUUGGGAUAUUUUGAGUUCAGCUUCAGUUGGGUUCUAAUAGGGCUUGCCAUCUUUUUCUGGUGGAGAAGAAAUCAAGGGCAUAAAAACAACAGACUGACCCGUGCCCUGGCGUUCUUGGAGCAUGAAGAGAAAACUGUCAAACUAAAUUUGGCGACCUCUGAGAUGCCACCAUGGGUUCAUUUUCCAGAUGUGGAGAGAGUGGAAUGGCUCAACAAGACAGUGAAACAGAUGUGGCCGUACAUCUGUCAGUUUGUUGACAAGCUGUUCAGAGAGACCAUUGAGCCGGCUGUGAAGGGGGCUAACGCUCACCUCAGCUCCUUCUGCUUCACCAAGAUCGACAUGGGGGACAAGCCACUAAGGGUGAACGGGGUCAAAGUGUACACUGAGAAUGUGGACAAACGACAGAUUAUAAUGGACCUGGAGAUUAGCUUUGUUGGGAAUACAGAGAUUGAUGUUGACAUCAAGAAAUACUACUGCAGAGCUGGUAUAAAAAGUAUACAGGUCAACUGCAUAUCCCUGGAAAGCUUAUCUCAUUGGCUACAAGACUGUCAAGGUGGCAUAGUAGCCAAUCCCCUGUGUAAUGGAUGGCUACAGCGCCUUCACGGUGUCUUGAGGGUCGUGAUGGAGCCCCUGCUCGGAGACAUGCCAUUGAUCGGAGCCCUGUCCGUUUUCUUCCUGAAGAAGCCUUUGCUGGAUAUAAACUGGACAGGCCUCACAAAUAUGCUGGACAUUCCAGGCUUGAAUGGCUUGUGUGAUAACCUGAUCCAGGACAUCAUCUACAGCUACCUGGUCCUGCCCAACCGCAUCACCAUUCCUCUGGUAGGAGAGGCUCAGCUGGCUCAGCUACGCUUCCCAAUACCUAAGGGUGUCCUGAGGAUUCACUUCCUGGAGGCCCAGGACCUGUUAGGGAAGGAUAAGUUCCUGGGGGGUCUGAUCAAGGGCAAGUCAGACCCAUACGGUGUCCUUCACAUCGGCAACCAGCUGUUCCAGAGCAAGGUGGUCAAGGAGAACAUCCAUCCCAAGUGGAACGAAGUCUAUGAGGCUAUGGUGUAUGAGCAGUCAGGACCACAGAACCUGGAGAUAGAGCUGUUUGAUGAGGACACAGACCAGGAUGAUUUCCUAGGAAGUUUACUGAUAGAUGUGGCUGAACUUCAGAAGGAACAGAAAGUUGAUGAGUGGUUUGUCAUGGAGGAGGUGAACACCGGAAAGCUGCAUUUAAAACUAGAGUGGCUGUCUCUGCUCCCCACUCCUGAAAAGCUGGAUCAGGUGCUGACCAGUAUUAAGGCCGAUAAAGGCCAGGCUAACGACGGCCUGUCAUCUGCACUGCUGGUGGUCUACCUGGACUCAGCAAGGAACCUCCCAAGUGUGUUCGAGGGGAACUUGGGUUCUGGCCACUUAAAAGAGCGGAGAGCUUCGGGCCUAGUCUUUUGUGAGAAUACGGCCUCUCUCUAUAGGACCUUAUUUCGCAAUCCUUUAGAAUUCAACCAUGACGGUUUGAAGAAGGCCUCAGUCAGUAAGGCCAUCAAGUCUGGUAAGAAAGUGAGCAGCGUCCCGAGUCCCUUUGUACAAUUCACAGUCGGCCACAAAACCUAUGAGAGUAAGACAAGGUAUAAGACCAACGAGCCUGUUUGGGAAGAGGUGUUUACUUUCCUUAUCCACAACCCCAAAUGCCAAGAGCUGGAGGCCGAGGUGAAGGAUGAGAAACAUGAGUGUUCCCUGGGGACUCUGAACCUGCCCCUGGUCCGUCUCCUAGAGGCUGAGGACAUGACACUAUACCAGCACUUCCCGCUCAAGAACUCUGGGCCCAGCUGCACCCUCAAGAUAAAGAUUGCACUGAGGGUUCUGUGUCUGGAGAAGCUGAUAGCAUCUGACCAAACGUCCUCGGUGCAGGUUCGUAAGGCCAGCACUAGUAACCCCAUCCCCAUGAAGAGACCGUCAGUCUCCGAACCCCCCAACCCUGUCUUAGACCUCCCCAGCUCUGUGGAUGCCUCCACCCAGGAGCUCCACAGGAGAGGGGGGGAUUGCGAGCCCUACUCAGGGGGCCCGGUAGGCAUCGGCCUGGCCGACGCAGGCAGGAGCACCUCCAACCUGGCCAUCUCUGGCUCUCAGAAACACCUGGCCCACAGGGGGUCAACCCCCAGCAUCGCCUCAGACAUCUCCAACCCCUACGCCACACAGGAGCUCCAGCAGAGGCUGAGAGAGCUGCAGAAUGGCUCAGCCAGUCAUUUCCCCCUGGGUGAGGUACAGUUGACUGUCAGACACAGCUCUCAGAGGAACAAGCUCAUCGUGGUGGUGCACGCCUGCCGAAACCUGAUUGUGUUCACAGAUCACUUGUCAGAUCCGUAUGUGCGGCUCUAUCUUCUACCUGACAAGCGAAGGUCUGGGAGGAGGAAAACCCACACGCACAAGAAGACACUGAACCCUGUCUUCGACCAGAUAUUUGAGUUCAGUGUGUCGAUCGUGGAGCUACACAGGCGGACUCUGGACGUGGCAGUAAAGAACGGAGGAAAUAUUUUUUCCAAACACAAAGGGCUGCUUGGGAAGGUUCUAGUGGAUCUGACUUACGAGGAUAUCGCAAAAGGAUGGACACAAUGGUAUGAGUUGAGUGAGGAUGGUCUGAAAAAACCUCUUCAGCAGCUAUAGACUACACCAUGAGAAGUAGAGGAGGACCUAACCAAGUCUUCACCCAUGUAUCAUUGCCACCAGAGCCCGUAUGUGUCAAGCAUCUCAGAGUAGUGCUGAUUUAUGAUCAGUUUGGCCUUUUAGAUCACAAUAGAUAAGAUAAUAUGGACAUGAAUCCAUAAUCAAUAAGAUUACAUGGACAGGGGGGACAUGAUCAUAGAUCAGCACUCCUACUCUGAGACACAUGAUACAUACAGCCCAGAUCUUGAGCAAACGUAACUGCUUUUCCAUACAGUUGCUUUUAAGACAAUUGUAAAAAAGCUUUUGAUAUUCAUUUAUACACAUCAGUUGCAUUGUUAGCGCUCCCCACUUAGAAACUAUCCAGUGCAAUAGUAAGAAAGGGAGUAUGUGGUGUUAAAAUGAAUGAAAAAAUUAUUCCAUAUUUAAAAGGAAAUGAUUGAGGACCGUAACAAAAUAUCGAUUUUCUUGCUACGGCUUUGACAGCAAGUUUAACCGCCUUGUUUUAUGUGGGGAAUGUACAACAUAUAUGUAAAUAUGUACAAUGAAGACUAAAGAGAAGGUUAUUAUAGUGUUAGUAGAGGGAGGUUUCGCUUGGUCAAAAUUACCAUUUCAUUUUUUUAAAUUCAACUAACUACAUAUAAACUCUACAGUCUAAACAUAUUAACUAUGUCAGAGCAUGAUGCUACAAGUUGACAGUCUCUCCUCUAAGUUAAAUAGUGCACCUAGCACAGUACUUGGCCACCAAAGACACAAGUGUUUCAUUUCAUUGCCUAUAUGGGGUUUUAACUAAGCCAAAUAUGUAUGCAUGUUUUCACAGUAUUCAUUUCUGCAUUUUGAAAGUCUUUCUAAGCAUCAGCAUAGUGUUUAGGAACAGUAAUAAUAACACAACUUGCUCUAGUUAACAUCACAGGAAUAUUCCAGCCUUCUUCAAAUCAUUGUGGCUUAUGAUAAUUGAUUUUCCAACUCUGAAAUCAGGACAGAUCAAUUAUGGAUGGUGAAAUAUAUGUAUCAUGUUUGUUAUCAAUAAAUAUACCAGUCUUAAUUAUGUUUUUGUAUUACGAACACAUUUCAGCUUGCAUAUCUUAUUCAAUGCUUCUCUUUAAUGCAAUCGAUUGCAAAAAAAACACAUGAUAAGGAUGAAGGAAUUGUUUUGGUUUACGUUAUGGGUAUGACCGUAUUGUAUCUAGUUACCACAUUAAUGAUGCAUCAUAAUGGAAAGCAUUUUAGAUUGUACCACGUUUAGACUGUGCCACAGUGGCGUGUAACCUAAUGUAUUAGUUAUGAUUUGUGUACUCAAACCUCUGUCACCUCUGUCCUUUUUUAAACUAGUUGUAUGUGUAAGCCAUCAAAUGAAAAUGGUCUCUGAAGUCAAGUUCCUAUCCUCUCCUGAACUGGUUCGCCUUCUCCAUGUACUUUAUUUAUCUUGUGCCUUAAAUCCACAAAUAUUCAGAUGUUUUUAAGUAUAAAGAAGCUUUUAUAGUUUCCAUGUUUGAGAAUUUCUCCUUAUGUCUUUUAAAUAAUAAAGAGCUAUUGCUGUAUGCACAGCAAUAAGCUGUAUAUUA